CUCGCGUGCUCUGUGCUAUUGCAGAUAGAUGGGUGAUGUUGCUUUGAGAAUAAGACAGAUCUCGCCUUUCUGGCAUUAUAUCACCUGUUUCUUUGUACUAGCACCCUACUUCUAAUCGGAUGUCAAAGAUGAUUCGGUCUGAAUCCAGACGCUCUGACUGCGUAUGAUCCCACAUCUGAGAAUUCCAUGGAUGACCUCAUUGCCUGAAUCUCUCAUGGCACUGCCAAUGGGAUCAUUCUUCGCCCUCGCUGUUACAGUGGCUCUUCGGGGAUCUCAGUUUUCAAUGCUGUAAUGCGUUGACGUAUCGUUGGGAUAUUUGUCGCUCAUGAAGCGUUCUUGGGCCUGCGGUCCUUUUUCAUAGUCAUCACUUCCACCAUUGACACCCUGAUCAGCAGUUCUACGGCAUGUGGAAAAGAUGUUAGAGUCUUUGUCCAGUUAGUAUCUCUGCGGCAAGGCUUUGGCUGAACAGUUGUAGGCUAUUGGGUGUCAUAGAAUUGCUCUGGGGUAUACAUCUUGUACCCUUCCGACGGCGUCCCGGGCUAUGGUGGGAGUCUGAGACCGCCGUAUAAAGCGACAGAGACCACCGCCACCACCAGCCACCACAAUAUGCUUAUAGAAGAAGCGAAGAAGAAAGAUUGGCAGCACUAGGUUUAGCCCCGCUGAUCCCAAGUCUGGUCGAUGAGGGCUUGUUGGAGAUUGGCAUCACUAGUAGAUGUCUCUGGGCGGUCUGGGCCCGCCGAUGAGUAAGUUGAUUUCCUUGGAUAACCAACUAAGUUAACCAAAAUAUCCCGGCCAGCCCCGCGGGGCCAGCCGAGUGUCGACCCGUGGAACGUUUGUUGAUUGUUGAUAUCCCGAGUUUCCAUGUUCAAGGUAGACAUUUUACUUACCUAUCGACCAUUUAUUAUCCUCGAUUCAAGCGCAGAGUCAAUUUCGAGACGUAGACCAGCGGUCAAGCGACCACUUCCGUGGACCAACAAGCGUGUGGCGUCUAGGCCCGGGCGCCCGCCGUGGAGGGUUAGGGCUGUCCCCUUUUCCUUGAUGGGCUCGUGGCUGGUCCAUGCAGCAUGACGUCGGGGGAUCUGACACGCCGAACGAGCAAGAGACGACAUGAUCCGAGCCCACUUCAUUCGAGGGGAAGCAUUUCUCCCCGGCAUUCCCUUGCGGACGCCAGCCUCUCCAGUCGGCAGUCGGAGGUCAUACAACGUCAUCGCGGAUAACCAGGACAGUUCCAGUCGGAGAGAGGGGGAAAGGCCAAGGGUCAAUAUAUUAGGACAUAAGUGCCCUGUAGAGAAUCUUACCGUGACUUUCGACUCGCAAUGGAAGGAAAUUUAUCUUCAGCUCUCGCCUCGUAUCUCUCAGCCACUGCCAAGUUGCCCCCAGCCUCAUCAGAUCCCUGCUUCUAACCAGUUAGCUACCCUGUGUGCUUCGCUCUCGCUCUCGCUCUGCCUCUGUCUCUGUCUCCGUCUCUGUCUCCGUCUCUGCCCGUCUCGCCCGUCGCCCCGUCGCCAGUCACCCGUCACCCAACGACGUCACGCCACCCUGCCCCGCCUCAGUCAGACUCUCUCAUUAGAGAAAGUUCUCACUGCUGCCUCAUUGCCAUCUUCGUCUUCUCAACACCACUCGUCGUCCCAGUGAACGGUAGAUAGUUCACAUCCUCGACUCUUUUAUUUGAUCUUUACUUGUCACCUAUUCCAACCCUUCAUCGGUCUCGGUGUUCCCCCCCCCCCCCAUUUCCCCAUCUCCCAAGAUGGCGUACUACGACGAUCGUCGCCACUAUGCGCCCCGCGACCGUGGCCGUUCAUCCGCCGGUCAUGCUGCAGAUUACUACGAUGAUCAUCCACGGGGCCUUCCUGCCAGGCACGAUCGUGAUGUCUACUCCACUCGCGGAGGUGAGGACUCGGUCGAGGAAAUCCAGCGCGAUUACCCCCCGGGCUCUGAUUACGUGUAUGAGCGCGGCUACGACUCUCGUCGCUCGCGACGCCCGGUCUAUGAGAAUGUGCGCCGCGCAUCCUCAGUCAGUGGCUACGAUCCGUACUACGAGAAUGGUUACUACCGAUCCCGCACCCGGCGAAGCAGACAAUAUGAUGAUCGCCGCCCCCGUCGCUCAAGAUACUCCUCAGCUUCUUCAUCCAGCCCAUCUCCGUCCCGUCAUAGACGCCGCAAGUCGUUUGGCGAAACUGCCCUUGGCGCCCUCGGCCUAGGCUCCGUUGCUUCCAGGCAUUCAGACCGUACGGAUCGCGGCCGUGCUCGGUCCUCUUCACGGCGCCGUGGUCGUGACUACUCCUCGUCCCGCUCUCGCAGCCGCAGCCGCAGUCGUGACCGUGAUCGCAACCAUCGUCAACGCAGUGAGCAGCGUAUUGCUCAAGCUGCACGCGCCGCUUUGACUGCCGGUGCCGUGGAGGCCUUCAAGUCUCGCAAGGACCCCGGCGAAUGGACCGGAGCCAAGGGCAAGCGUAUCCUCACUGCGGCUGUGACUGCGGCCGGUGCCGAUGGUCUCCUCGAUAAAGACCCCAAAAAGCACUCUGGGCGUCACGUCGUGGAAUCUACGCUCGCGGGUCUUGCUGCUAGCCAUUUUGUCGGCGGUGGCCGUUCCUCAUCCAAGGGACGUGAUGGCCGUGGCCGUUCUGCCAGUGGUCUUAAAGACCUCGCCGCUACCGGCGCCCUUGCCGCAGCAGGCAAAGAGAUCUAUGACCGCAUUUCCCGCUCGCGAUCUCGACCUCGCGGCCGAGAUGACCGGGACCGGGACCGUGACAGUGACGAUGGUCGACGGGGAUCAAAGAAGCGCAGCAAGAGUGUCUCGGAGUACCUUACCAAGGGCAUGGCCGCACUCGGCCUUGGAGAAGAAGCAUCCGAUCGUGGCCGCGACGAUCGUGGCCGGGAUCGAGAUGAUCGAUACGAUCGCCGUCGGGAGCGGCGUCAUCACCGGGACAGAGACUCACGAUACGACUCCUAUUCAGACUCAGAUGCAGAGAGCGACUACCGCAGCAGCAGGGACCACAGGCAUGGCAGAGGCUCGAGAGAUGUAGGUCGAACUCGUUCCGUGAACGGCAGCAGAGCAACCCCCACUAGUGCACCCCGUGGCGAGAACAGGGUGGGAUCUACCCACCGGGGAUCCCACUCUAGCUCCGAAAGUGAUUCUGACUUGGGCGACAGUAGCGAUGAAAAGGAGAAACGCAAGAAGAUGAAGCGGGAUAUGUUGUUGACCUCCGGUCUGGCCACCGUGGCCACCAUCCACGCUGCCCAUGGAGUGUACGGCGGGGUUCAGAAGCGCAAGAAACGCAUGCAACAAGUGAAGGAUGGCGAGAUUACACAGGAAGAGGCGCGCAAGCGUCGCAUCAAGGCGAAUACGUUGGAUGCGUUUAGCGUCGGACUGGCGGCGCUGGGCAUCAAGGGUGCGUAUGCGGAGUGGAAGGAGGUAAAUGAGAAACGCAAGGAAACGAAACAUUUCCAGGAUGAAUGUGCGCAGCGUGCUCGUAAGCGGGAGAUGCGUCGUUGUCGCAGUCAGGGUUCCGCUCCUAAUAGUCGUCGCCGAUGGCCUGAUGAGAUUGAAUAUCCGAAUGAUUCUCGUCAUGGCUAUAGCAACGGCUUUUCUUAUCAUGAUGGUAACCCCUAUGGAGCAACGAGUGCGGCACCGGCGAUCUCAUAUUAGCUUGGCUUUUUAUCGUUCCCCCUGUUCUACCUACGUUGUUUCUGCUAUGCUGGAUGAGAUUUACGACUUUUAUGACACAUGAUGAUUCCCUGUAUUUCUCUUAGGAUAGAUUUUAUUCUUCUCACUUCUUUUUACCUCUUCCUGUUGCUUAGGUUCGUCUCGGGCUUCAUCUCCAGUAGCUAGACGG